AUGAAAAAAAACUGACCGGCCUUCUAUUUCCAAAAACAGAAAGCGGGAGAGCGACGAUCGACCGGCAAUCAGGGUGGGCUUCUUCCAACUGUUCCGUUACGCCACGUGCCGGGAGGUGCUGAUGAUGGUGCUGGGCGCCGUGUGCGCUGUGGCGCACGGCUCCGCCCAGCCCCUGAUGCUGCUGGUGUUCGGCCUGCUCACAGACACCUUCAUCGAGUACGACAUCGAGCUCAACGAGUUGCGAGACCCCAGGAAGGAGUGUGUGAACAACACUAUCGUGUGGAAGAGGAACUACACGACGACCGCCGCGCCACUGAUGGACUGGGGCUCCGUGAGCAAUGCCACGUGGGAGAUGUUCACUCCGCUGAAGUUCAGGGCGUGUGGGAUUCUCGACAUUGAACACGAAAUGACCAAUUUUGCCUUCUAUUAUGUGGGAAUCGCAGUUGCUGUGUUCUUGCUGGGAUACUUUCAGAUCUCCAUGUGGGUGAAGUCCGCCGCCAGGCAGAUCCAGCUCAUCAGGAAGAUGUACUUCAGCAAGGUGAUGAGGAUGGAGAUCGGCUGGUUCGACUGCACCUCUGUGGGGGAGCUCAACACCCGCAUGUCCGAUGAUAUUAACAAGAUCAACGACGCCAUCGCGGACCAAGUUGCCAUUUUCCUGCAGCGCUUCACCACCUUCGUGUGCGGCUUCGCCAUCGGCUUCGUAAAAGGGUGGAAGUUGACGCUUGUCAUUGUCGCAGCAAGUCCACUGAUCGGUGUUGGGGCCGGUCUGAUGGCUGUGUUUGUGGCUAAGCUAACGGGGAUGGAGCUGCAGGCCUACGCCAAAGCGGGAGCCAUAGCAGACGAGGUGCUCUCCUCCAUCAGGACUGUGGCUGCUUUCGGUGGGGAGGAAAAAGAAGUGCAAAGAUACGAUAAAAACCUGAUCUCAGCGCAGCGCUGGGGCAUCAGGAAAGGUCUGAUCAUGGGCUUCUUCUCUGGAUAUAUGUGGCUGGUCAUCUUCCUGUGCUAUGGUCUGGCCUUCUGGUACGGCUCCAGCCUGGUGGUGGACACUGAGGAGUACACACCAGGAACACUACUGCAGGUGUUUUUCGGUGUUUUGAUAGCAGCCAUGAAUCUGGGGCAGGCCUCCCCAUGUCUGGAGGCAUUCGCUGCAGGCCGUGGAGCUGCAACAAUCAUCUUUGAGACUAUUGAGAGAGAGCCGGAGAUUGAUUGUCUAUCCGAGGCAGGAUAUAAACUCGACCGGGUCAAAGGAGAUAUUGAGUUUCACAAUGUGACCUUCCACUAUCCCUCCAGACCCGAAGUCAAGAUCCUGGACCGGCUCAGCGUUCCAGUGAAGUCGGGGGAGACCACAGCCUUCGUCGGGCCGAGCGGCGCCGGGAAGAGUACCGCCAUUCAGCUCUUCCAGCGCUUCUAUGACCCUAAAGAGGGCAUGGUGACCCUGGACGGUCAUGACAUCAGAGGGCUGAACAUCCAGUGGCUGCGCUCACUGAUUGGCAUCGUGGAGCAGGAGCCUGUGCUGUUUGCCACCACCAUUGCUGAGAACAUCCGCUACGGUCGCCCGGGCGUCUCAAUGGAAGAUGUCAUCGGCGCAGCCAAGCAGGCCAACGCGUACAACUUCAUCAUGGAUCUGCCGCAGAAAUUCGACACCUUGGUGGGGGAGGGCGGAGGCCAGAUGAGCGGAGGCCAGAAGCAGCGUAUCGCCAUCGCUCGAGCGCUGGUCAGGAAUCCUCGAAUCCUGCUGCUGGACAUGGCAACCUCUGCCCUCGACAACGAGAGCGAGGCGACCGUUCAAGAGGCUUUGGAUAAAGUACGCUUGGGUCGCACCACCAUCUCCAUCGCCCACCGGCUGUCCACCAUAAAGAACGCCGACGUGAUCGUGGGCUUCGAGCACGGCCGAGCCGUCGAGUGCGGCAAACACGACGAGCUGCUGGAAAGGAAGGGCGUCUACUUCACCCUGGUGACGCUGCAGAGCCAGGGCGACAAGGCUCUGAACCAGAAGGCCCGGCAAAUGGCUGACGACGAAGAAGCGCCGGCAAAGCUGAGCCUAUCCAGGGCAGGCAGCUACCGUGCCAGUUUGAGAGCCUCCAUUCGCCAGCGGUCCCGGUCCCAGCUGUCCAAUCUGAUCCCGGAGUCUACGGUCCCUAUGGUGGGAGAACUCGGCCCCCGAGCCUACUCUGUGUCACAGGCAAACAAAUCCACGGACGCCGCCGCAGAGGACGAGGAGGAAGCAGUGGAGCCCGCCCCAGUCACCAGGAUCCUGAAGUACAACAGGCCCGAGUGGCCCUACAUGCUCUUUGGGUCCUUCGGUGCUGCCAUAAAUGGGGGGGUCAACCCCGUCUACUCUCUGCUGUUCAGUCAAAUCCUGGCGACAUUCUCAAUAACAGAUUCGGAGGUUCAGAGGAAGGAGAUUGAUGGCAUCUGCCUGUUCUUUGUCAUGAUCGGCGUGGUCUCUUUCUUCACCCAGAUGCUGCAGGCUUACGCUUUCUCCAAGUCCGGGGAGCUGCUGACGCGCAGGUUACGGCGGAUCGGCUUCCACGCCAUGCUGGGCCAAGAGAUCGGCUGGUUUGAUGAUCACAGGAACAGCCCCGGGGCUCUGACCACGCGGCUGGCGACUGACGCCUCACAAGUUCAAGGGGCCACAGGCUCGCAGAUCGGCAUGAUCGUCAACUCUCUGACCAACAUCGGCGUGGCCGUCCUCAUGUCCUUCUUCUUCAGCUGGAAGCUCACGCUGCUCAUCCUGUGCUUCCUGCCGUUCAUCGCCCUGUCGGGCGGCUUCCAGGCCAAGAUGCUGACGGGGUUCGCCAAGCAGGACAAGCAGGCGAUGGAGACCGCCGGACAGAUAUCCGGCGAGGCGCUGAACAACAUCCGCACCAUCGCAGGCCUGGGCAAAGAGAGGAUUUUUGUGGACCUGUACGAGGCCCAGCUCGACGCCCCGUACCGAGCGGCCCUGAAGAAGGCUAACGUUUACGGCGCCUGCUACGGCUUCGCCCAGUGCGUCGUCUUCCUGACCAACUCCGCCUCCUACAGGUUCGGAGGUUACUUGGUGCGACAGGAGGGGCUCCACUUCAGUUUGGUGUUCAGGGUCAUCUCAGCCAUUGUCACCAGCGGCACGGCCCUCGGCAGGGCCUCCUCUUACACGCCGGACUAUGCCAAGGCCAAGAUCUCUGCAGCACGUUUCUUCCAGCUGCUGGACCGCGUGCCUCGGAUCAGCAUCUACAGCGAUAAGGGAGAUAAAUGGGAAAACUUCCAAGGGAACAUUGAGUUCAUUGACUGCAAGUUCACUUACCCCACCCGGCCGGACAUGCAGGUCCUGAAUGGGCUCAACGUGUCCGUGAAGCCCGGCCAGACGCUGGCCUUUGUGGGCAGCAGCGGCUGUGGGAAGAGCACCAGCGUGCAGCUGCUGGAGAGGUUCUACGACCCCGACCACGGCCGAGUGCUGAUUGAUGGCCACGACUCGACCCGCGUCAACGUGGCCUUCCUGCGCUCCAAGAUUGGCAUUGUGUCCCAGGAGCCCAUCUUGUUUGACUGCAGCAUCGAGGAGAACAUCAAGUACGGCGUCAACUCUCGGGAAAUCAGCACCAAUGAGGUCAUCUCUGCCGCCAAGAAGGCCCAGCUCCACGACUUUGUCAUGGCCCUUCCUGAGAAGUACAACACCAACGUCGGUGCCCAGGGUUCCCAAUUGUCCCGCGGUCAAAAGCAGCGCAUUGCCAUCGCCAGGGCCAUCAUACGCGACCCCAAGAUCCUGCUCCUGGACGAGGCCACAUCCGCCCUGGACACGGAGAGCGAGAAGACCGUGCAGGACGCCCUGGACCGAGCCAGACAGGGCCGGACGUGCAUCGUCAUCGCCCAUCGCCUGUCCACCAUUCAGAACUCGGACAUCAUCGCCGUCAUGUCGAGGGGCUAUGUGAUCGAGAAGGGAACGCACGACCACCUCAUGGCUCUGAAGGGGGCCUACUACAAGUUGGUUACCACGGGAGCACCAAUCAGCUAGCGUGCUCGGGCUGAAGGGGGGAAGAGUGGCGAGUUGGCGACGCAGCCAAGAGAAGCGAAUGCUGAGGAGCGAUGUAAUUUACCAUACAAAGAGCGGACUUAUGCCAGAGUAUAGGAGAUGCACCUCUUCACUCUUACAGUAUUUAUUUCUAGGUUGGGGCGCCUUUAUUGUGAGUCAUUCAUUCAGUUGGGGGGAGGGGGGUAAAGAAGUUACUAAUUUACUUUGGGGUUUGUUGGAAAUUGUUCAUCAAUGACCAACAUUUGAUGCAGCAUCAUUUGUGUAUCCCACAAUUCACAAUAGUCCAACGUGCCAAACCAGUCCUUUAACCUAUAAUUGACGGACAGAAGAUGAAUUUAAUGCCAACGUAUUUAUAUUAUUAAUCUCCAAACACAGUUAUACAAUAUGCUACGUAUGAAGCUAAAGCAUACUGCUAGUUAGCUUAGCUUAGCAUAAAGGCUGAAAGCAGGGGGAAACAGGUCAAAUGGCACAGUGAGCUUUAAAGAUCAUUAUCUAUUUUUUAUUAACACUUACGAAAACAACUAAAAACAGCAAUUUGCUUUAAGAAUACAAUUGAAUUGGAUGUUGUGUUUGUUUCUGUU